CUUCCCCGGAUAUCCAGAAUAGCCGGAUCCAAGAAUUGUGUCGGCAUUGGAGAUGCUUCCAGCAUCAUUCACACGUACCCUCUUCCAGUAGCCAAACUCCGAAGCAUACGGCCAACUUCUCCAAGCUGCAGUCUGGCAGGCGUUGUCGUGCGGGAAGCGGGUGUAACAAUGCUCGGAUAACUCCAACAUGACGGAUCACAACGGCAACGACGGCUGGCAGGGUCCGCAGCUUGACUUCGUCCCCAUCAACCAAGCAGACUCACCCCCUGAAUCUAAAAGACGCCGCGCGUACUUAUCUUGCGAGCGUUGCCGUAGGCGCAAGACCCGCUGCGAGCCGACAUCAGACCGGAGGCAGCCGUGUAAGCGAUGCUCAGCAGACAAUCAGCCUUGUGAGUUCAGAGCGUCGCGACGCACCAAGAGAAAGCUGUCGCUUCCAGCUGAGACCCCUGAGCCAGUGUCGCGUCACAAUCAUACGGAGACCGAUAUCGAAUUUCCAACUUCAACACCACUUGUGCCUCGAGAUGUUCCAGUUCGUCCUCCCAAUAAGGAGGGACAUGUGGAUGACGGACUCGUCGCCGACUGCUCCCAGAGUCCAAGGACCCCAACCGCAUUAGACGCAAGGGAACGACUUAUUUCUACACAUAUACACAAUGCAUCAGAUGCCCUAGACCUUCUGACAUUCGCCGCGAGCGGUAAUCACGCCUACAAUAGCCCGUCUGCCACGCCUGGCCUCCAAAGCCAAGCUUCGUCUAUUGCCCCUCCGACUGUUAUCUCAGAUCCAUCCCUCAAUCUGGAUAGAGCAUGGAAAAGCUUUUCCCUCAUCAGAAAAGGGAUUGUAUCGAAGCAGGAAGUGAUGGACUACCUAGGUUUCUUCUUCGAUCAAUUAUGGCCGCUAAAGCCAGUCGUACCGUCUUACUACCGCGAUAUGAGCACUUAUGGACAACUUGUUGCUGAGGAGCCUCUUUUGGUAGUCUGUCUCGUCACGCUCUCCUCGAGGUACUUUCCACUGCCUGGAGAUCAUGGCGAAAUCAGGUCCGAGCGAAUACACUGGCAAACGUGGAGGAUCCUCCAGCGAUCCCUGCAGUCCGUCAUGUGGGGGUCUACCACGACGCGCUCUCUUGGAGCGAUAGCGGCGAUGCUGCUUCUGAUAGAUUGGCAUGUAAAGGCUAUUAACAACCCGACUGACUUUACAGAAGGAGAAGAUGAAGCUCAUGGCUAUGCUGAUGGUGAUGGCUUCAAGCUUUCGCCCAAUAAUACAGACUCACUCACUGGACAGCGACGGUAUGGGAUGGUAUCAUUAAUGGAAAAGCUGAAUAUUGUAUCUCCAGCAUAUCGGAGCAAUAAGAUGUCAUGGAGUCUUCUUUCCAACGCUAUUGCUUUAGCCCACGAGGGCUGCUGCUUCCAGCACGAAUCCCCCGGCUCCAGAGUCGCUUCCUCCAACCUGGACUCUAUUAAAAAAGAAUGGAAUGGUCUCCUCUGUGUGUUCAUAUACCUCGCAGACGAAGGCCUUGCGACUCGACUAGGUCUAGAGCCACUAUUGCCAGAGAAGUCGAGACAAGUAGUCAAAGACCGCUUCGCAACGACAUUCGCCGAGUCUCUACUGGACAGUCAUCUCUGGGAAGGCUAUUUCGAACUCUCUAUAGAGACUCGAAAGGGAAGAGAAUUUUUGCACUCAUUGAAAGCCCGCGGCGGAUCAUUUUCCGACCUAGACCUCGUCCCUCAUUUGGAACGCCUGCGAAGAGCCCUGCAGCGUUGGAGACGGCAGUACUACCAUCAAGAUGAUUUCAAUUCGUUAUUAAAUGCAUGUCUUCUGAUGGAGUUUUACUAUAUAAGCUUAUUUUGCUUUGCUCCAGCAGCACAGGCCAUACAAGUUGGAUCCAGAGCCCUGCCGCAAGAAAGGCUUCAAGCCUUGUCUGAGUUUGAGGAUCAGGCAACACAGGCCGGCCACGCACUUUUAUCUAUAGUUGUGGAUUUCCUGAAGCCUUCGGGGCUGAUCAAAUAUCUACCAGUUCGAUGCUGGCUCUUCAUCGUUGCUGCGAGUCUUCAUCUGCUCAAGGCAACCCUUGCACAAACCAAGAACAUAAAUCGGGCACAUCCAAAUAUCUAUCUUCUACGUCGCGUUAUCAAUGCAGUCCACGGUGGCUCCCCUGAUGAUUCGCAUAUGGCAAUCCGAUAUGCCAAGUUCCUGGGCAUUAUGCUACAGAUAGCUCUACCAGCCGCGUCGGGCAGCCCCGAUAUAGCAUCAGGAGAAGAAACACGGGAAGACAGUGAUGGUGCUGAACUUCAGCUGAAAGACGGCUUCGAGGACGCUGCCUAUGCUUGCACAUUUAACAAUAUGGCAGUUGAGGGAGUUAGUGACUGGAAUGCUUUUCUUGACUUAGACUUGGCUCCAGAUCUUUUCAUGUGGUGGGAGUCUAUGUAUAGUUGACAUGCGUUAUAUCGUUUUCAGUUCUUAUUCUAUGGCUUUGUAGUACUAAAAUUACCAGUGCCUAUAAUAUCACCAUCCUCCUCCUUACCACUCUGCGCCCGGUCAAUGCGGAACUGGCUUGUCUGGAACAAGCGAGGGAGUUUCGUCUCCUCAAAUUGAGUCCCUUGGGAUACCAUCCGAGCCAGCUCUUUGGCUGCCAACCAGAUGACAGGCAUGCCGUGUCCAUUAAACCCAGCAACGAUGAAUUGCCCAUCCUUGCUGGGAACUUUACCAAUGUGUGGAUUUGAGUCAUAUGAGUAACCCAUGACGCCGGUCCAGAUAUUGCUCACUUUGGCACCAGUCUCUUCCCAGCCGCGGUAGGUUCGCUGCAUGUAGUCCUCGUAGUAGUCCUUUGCAGAGUCGAUAAGGACACUGUCGUCCACAUUGUCAUACCACUGUUCCUUGAAAGGCCGGAAAACAGAUGCAGCACCACCUACGAUGAUGCUACCAUCGUGUCGAGGGAUAAAGUACGAGAGUGUGUUAUCCUUGGUGCGCGUGAUGUAUGAGUUGUUUAAUAGCGGCGCCGUGGUUCCCUCUGGGACGGUGAUACGACAGCAAAUGCCCUUACAGGGGAUGAUGUUUUUGCUGUAUUCCGGGAGAAGCGCUGAGACAUAGGCAUUGUUAGCGUGGAUGACCUUGCCUGCUCGUAUCUUGCCACGAGGCGUUUCGACGAUGAACGAGCCGUCACCCGAGGGGUCUGGCGUCACGGAGGUGACAGGUGUAUGUGCCUGGACGUUGACGCCUGCGGUGAGGAGUUGUCUUGUGAGGUGCAUCAAGAAUUUGAAGGGCCACAUGGUCCCGGCCGUGAAGCUUGCGCAUGCAACAGCGCCUUUGACACCGCAGAUCUGUUAUA